CAUACACUUUUCACCGCCAUCGUGCUGCAUGUUUACAAAUGAGAGUGUGAGGUGGGUUCGUGUUUUUUGAGCUAGUAAAACCAAAAUUUCGCUUUGUGUAAUUUGUGGAACUUUCUAUUACAAACUUUAUCAUUUGAAUAUUACUACAUUUAGCAGAAAACUCGUCGUUUUGAUUAUUCAGCAAUAAAAUUAACCCCGCGAAAGUUUAGGAAAAAUUACGUUACAUCGUCGUAAUUAUGGAUAUAUAUAUUAUAUAGUGAAAGGCUGUACAAUAAAUUGAUUACUAGAAUGGCUGAUCGUUUGUCGCAACUGCAAGAUGCCGUAAAUGCUCAGGCUGAAAAUAUUUGCAACAGCAUUGGAGUUCUACAGCAGUGUGCUACUCCCAGUAGUUUCCCGGAAUUUGAUAAAACAGGUCCUAAACCACCUCAGCCACCUGAUGAUUAUUGUCAAACAUUUGCUACUCUAAUUGCUAAAACUGCCAAAGACAUAGAUGUUUUGAUUGAUAGUUUGCCUAGUGAAGAUUCUUAUCCAGAAUUACAAGAAGCAAGUAUAAAACGUUUAGAUGAAGAAAAUAAAGAAGCUGCAAGAAGGCUAGAAGAAGUUGUUCUUAAAGGAGAAUUCUUGCUAGAACAAAUCAGGCAAGCUUUACAUGAUAUUGCACAGUCACAACAAGAAAUGCAGAGAUUGAGUGGUUGUCAAGCUAAAUAACUAAUGCUCAUGCUGAAUGCACAAUUAAAAACAGUUGGCCUCAUAAGUAUGAUGUAUUGGCAAUAAGCAAAUAGCCAUGCUUUGGUGUAUUCUUGUUGAGGUUGCUACAUAUAAUCUGUGAUUCAUUUUACGUAAUCUAUGCUCAAUGGAACUUGUAAAAUUGUUUUAUUUGUUAUACCUGCUUUCAAUAAUAUUUGUUUUAUUUGUAUUUACAGAAAAAUAUGCUCAAUGAAAAAAAUUUUUCAAGAGAA